AUGAGGGCGCGGUGGAUAGUCGUGGCGUUGCUGGUGCUGGGCGCGGCGGGCGAGCCGCGCUCGCCGCACAGUUCGCCGCACGGUUCGUCGUACAGCUCGCCGCGCCCGCGCUACUGGUCGCGAGGCGCCCGCACGCUCGACGACCGAGCGCCCAGCCAAUUCGUCGGUCCCCACGUGUGCCGGAGCCGCAACAGCACGCACUGCUGCCCAGGCUGGACUUCGAGGCCCAACUCAUUACUUUGUGUAGUCCCAAUAUGUCGACCGGACUGCGGCUCGCCAGGCUCAUGUGUGGCGCCCAAUAUGUGCCGGUGCCCCAAUGGCAUAGAAGCGCCUUCUUGUGGCAAUGGUGGAGGAUUCUAUCCCUAUUCCGCAAGAACACGAGGGGGGUGUCGCCGCAUAUGUAUGAACGGUGGUACAUGCACAAAUGGGUCUUGUGCUUGUGCACCUGGAUGGAGUGGGGAGUUCUGUACUGAACCGAUCUGUCGCGAGCCGUGUCUUCAUGGCGGCCGCUGCAUCGCACCGGACAGGUGCGUGUGUUUCCACGGACUGUCCGGCACGAGGUGCGAGAUUGACCGAAGAACAGGGCCGUGCUACACGGAGACGCGUGGUGCGCUGUGCACGGGGGCAUUGGAGGGUGUGGUGUGCACCAAACAGCUGUGCUGUGCCACCGUGGGUGUGGCCUGGGGCCACCCCUGCGAGCGCUGCGCUGAUCUCGACUGCCCCACAGGGCACCUGCGCAACCUAGCCACCAAGGAGUGUCAGGAUAUAGACGAAUGUGCCGCCGUGCCGGGUCUCUGUGAAGGAGGACGUUGCAUUAAUUCCAUUGGAUCAUUCUCUUGCGAAUGUCCGCCGGGACAAAGAAGGCACAGGGUCUCGAACAACUGCGAGGACAUCGACGAAUGCGAGGAUCCUGAUAUUUGUCCGAAUGGAAAGUGCGUUAAUACGGAGGGGGAUUAUUACUGUCUUUGUAACCCCCAUUUCAUACCAAGUCCGGACAAGAAGUUUUGUAUUGACGGUCGCGUGAGCAGCUGCUACACGUACCUGAGCGAGACGGGCGAGUGUGGCGAGCGGCUCGGCGUGCCGCUGUCCAACCGCGACUGCUGCUGCGGUUACAACAUGGGCCGCGCCUGGGGCGACCUGUGCACACCCUGUCCACCGCGCGGCUCCACUGAAUGGACUCAUCUUUGUGGUGGUGGCGUGAUUCCACCUGAUUGGCGACGAAAUGAUACAAGCGGUGGUGGAAUCGGUAGUGGUAGUGAAACCGCCCAGCCUAUUGCCAAGAUCAAUGAAUGUAUGCUAAGAGAAGGAAUCUGCGGGCUCGGUGAUUGCGUUGAUAAGGAUAUUGGAUACCAGUGCGAAUGUUGGGACGGUGCGGAGGCAGCCGAACAAGAUGGCAACCCGACUUGUAUUGAUAUCGAUGAAUGCGCACUCGAAUAUUGUAAAGGUGGCACUUGCAUCAACAAACCAGGGGGUUUCGAAUGCAGAUGUCCACCUGGUUUCGAUCCUGUUGAAAAUGGACUAAGAUGUAGUGACAAGAAUGAAUGUGAGAUGACCAAUGGCGGCAUGUGUACAAAUGGAGUAUGUACUAACGUUGAUGGAGGUUUUGAAUGCACAUGCAACCCGGGCUACGAGUCUACGGAGACCGGGCACGCGUGCCGCGACGUGGACGAGUGCGGCGACAACCCGCGCGUGUGCCGGCGCGGCCGCUGCCGCAACACGCCCGGCUCUUACGAGUGCAGCUGCGAGCCCGGCUUCGCGCCCAGCGCCGCCGGCUAUUGCGCGGACGUUGAUGAGUGCGCUGACGCCUCCGGCGGGCGGUGCGUGAACAGCGAAGGCUCGUUCCAGUGCGUGUGCGAGGCGGGCUACCGGCCGACGGCGGCGCGCGGCGCGUGCGUCGACGUGGACGAGUGCGCGGAGCUGCGCGUGUGCCGCAACGGCCGCUGCCGCAACUCGCCCGGCUCCUUCCGCUGCGACUGCCUGCCCGGCUUUACGCUCAGCAGCGACGGACGCACCUGCCUCGAUGAGGUUCAAGAUUUAUGUUACGAGAAAUACGAAGAAGGACAUUGUACUGGACCCGGUACCACUCCGGUCACCAGGUCACAGUGUUGCUGUAGUUCUAGCAAAGGUCUUCGAUUGGGUUGGGGAGUGGCGUGUAAGGAAUGCCCCAAGCAAGGAACCAAGGAGUAUGAAAUAUUAUGCCCUGAGGGACCAAGUAAAGAUAACGGCGGCGCAGAUAUAAAUGAGUGCACAACGAUCCCAGGAAUAUGUCCUCAUGGAACCUGCGAGAAUCUGGAGCCUGGUUAUAAAUGUAUUUGUGACCCUGGAUUCCAUCCCGAUGCUGAUGGAAUUUGUAGGGAUAUUGAUGAAUGUGAUAUGCAUCAGUCGUACUGUACUGGUGGACAAUGUCGAAACACAAUGGGGAGCUUCAAUUGCGUUUGUCCCCCCGGUACACGUUACGAGGCCGAAGAACAAAUCUGUCGAGACAUUGACGAAUGCGAGGGUGAGCUUGUUUUCAUCGUCAAGGAUUAUGACAGAGGGGACAUACCUCCCAUGUUCCCACUGCUCACAGAACAAUCUAAUCCCUGUGAUAAUGGACGAUGUAUAAAUACCCACGGAAGCUACGAAUGUGAAUGCGAACAUGGCUUUGUUUUGGAUGCUACGGCUCAACAUUGUCUUGACAACAGGCGCGGGUCAUGUUGGCGGCGCGUGGUGGACGGGCAGUGCGAGGGCGCGGCGCCGGGUGCGCUACUGCGCCAGGAGUGCUGCUGCAGCGUGGGGCUGGCUUGGGGGUCACCUUGUGAGCCCUGUGACCCGCAACACUGCCCCUGCCCCAAGGGAUUCGCCAAGCUGGACGGAGCAACCUGCCGCGAUGUAGACGAGUGCAUGCUGGAUCCAGAGUUGUGUAUCGGCGGUUCCUGUGUCAACACUGAUGGCUCGUAUCGCUGCGACUGUCCUCCGGGUCUAGCUCUCGACUCCACUGGUAAUCGCUGUGUGGACACACGCAAAGAGUAUUGCUAUACGGACUAUAUUGGAGGGCGUUGCACGAAUCCGUUGCAAGUGGAAGUGUAUCGUGCGAUUUGUUGCUGUUCCUCGCUCGGGAAGGCUUGGGGUGAUGGUAGAUGUGAACCUUGUCCCAAAAAAGGUACGGACGCGUAUCGCAACCUCUGUAUAUCCGACGUGAGUGGACCACCGACUAUAUGGGAUAGACCGUACCUUGGAGGACCGAACAAAACUGACAUUUGGAGCCACACAGGUCCCGGAGACGGCUUUGAUAACGAUUGGGAUGUUGACGUUAGCACUAACUUAGGCAACGGUUCGUUCGACGGAUGGGGUUCCGGGAAUGGAGUCAUACCUGGACAGAUGGAAGUUAACGAAUGUUCCGCUUUUCCUGGACUUUGUGGACACGGAAGAUGCAGAAAUAUGCUGGGAACAUUUACAUGUGAUUGCUUCCCGGGCUAUGAGAAGGACUCUAAAAACCACACGUGCGUGGACGUGAACGAGUGCGAGAUCGUGGACGGGGUGUGCGGCGCGGGCGAGUGCCACAACACGGAUGGUGGCUUCUCCUGCCACUGUCACGGCGGCCACCGCCCCGAUCCGAUCUCCAAAGUCUGCGUGGACAUCGACGAGUGCACGGAGGACAGUGCGCUGUGCCGCGGCGGGCGCUGCGUGAACGCGGCGGGCUCGUUCCACUGCGAGUGCGCGCCCGGCAUGGAGCUGGCGCCCGACCGCCUCUCUUGCAAGGACGUCGACGAGUGCUCCAUCACCUCCGGUAUAUGCAGCAACGGCGCAUGCGAAAACUUGAUGGGGACGUACCAAUGCGUGUGCGACGAGGGCUACGCGCAGUCGACGGUGAAGUCGCACUGCGAAGACAUCGACGAGUGCAGCGAAGAUCCUACACGCUGCCAGCACACCUGCGUCAACACGCCCGGCUCCUACCACUGUACCUGCAGGGAGGGGGGGACGCUGCGCGCGGACGGGCGCUCGUGCCGCGACGUGGACGAGUGCGCGGCGGGCGCGCGCGUGUGCGGCGGCGGGCUCUGCCGCAACACGCCCGGCUCCUACCGCUGCGACUGCGCCGAAGGCUUGCUGCCCUCACCACCCGAUGCCAAGCCCACGUGCCUCGACAUCGACGAAUGCGCUGACAUCCCGGAUCUAUGUGGAGCGGGUGAGUGUCGCAACACAAUCGGUAGCUUCGUGUGCCGCUGCCCGGACGGCUACAGUGUGAAGCCGGAGCUGGGCCCCGCUUGCUCAGACGACGAUGAGUGCGAGCUCGGUACUUGCGAUUGCCAUCCUGCCGCCGAUUGUAUCAACCUGCCGGGUUCGUUCCAAUGCCGAUGUCGCGAUGGAUGGCGCGGCGAUGGAACAGAGUGCGAAGACGUAGACGAAUGUCUCACCAACAACGGCGGGUGCCACCCGCGAGCGAGCUGCCGCAACACCGACGGCUCGUUUGUGUGUCUGUGCGAUACGGGAUAUAAGGGAGACGGGUACUCGUGCGUGGACAUCGACGAGUGCUCGAACGACCCGACGCUGUGCGAGAACGGUCACUGCAGCAACACGCCCGGCGGCUACGAGUGCGAUUGCGACGUCGGCUUCACCAAGUCCGCCGAUGGCCGCUCUUGCUUAGACAUGGACGAGUGCGCGACGUUCGAUAACGUGUGCGUGUUCGGGCGCUGCGUCAACACGUACGGCAUGUUCAAGUGCAUCUGCGACAAGGGAUACCAGUCCGACAGCGUUGACGAUCUGAUGCCGGGCUUCAACUGCACUGACGUGGACGAAUGCAAGUCGCCCCAGUCGUGCCAGUACGGCACGUGCGUCAACACACAGGGCUCGUACAUAUGCCGCUGUCCGCCCAAUUACGAACUCGUAUCUGACGGAACCGCCUGCUAUGAUUCAAGAAAAGCGCGCUGUUAUGGCAAAGUGGACUUAAGGUCUGGGACAGAGCACUGUCGCGAUAGCGAUGAGUUGUCCGAGGACGGAACUAUGGCAGCCUGCUGUUGCUCUGUUGGUGCUGCUUGGGGUAACUAUUGUGAUCUGUGCCCGGAACCAGGGUCUGAAGCGUAUAGACAACUUUGUCCAGGAGGUCCGGGAUAUCAACCAGUUCUGGAGCCUCCGUCGUACGUGGUGACGCUGGCGGACAUCGACGAGUGCGCGCAGCACCCGGCGCUGUGCGAGCACGGUACGUGCACGAACACGUUCGGCUCGUUCGUGUGCGCGUGCGGUGCGGGCUGGCGGCUGGCGGACGGGCCGCGCUGCGAGGACGAGGACGAGUGCGCGCAGCCGGGCGUGUGCACGCCAGGCCUGUGCCGCAACCUGCCUGGCUCCUACGUGUGCCUGUGCCCCGAGGGCUACGUCGCCAUGCCCAACGGAAAGGAAUGUGUCGACGUUCGUCAACGUCAGUGCUACAUGGACUGGGAUCCGGAAACUGGGGGAUGUUCCGCCGCAGUGGGAGUUCCGCAGACUAAAUACCUCUGUUGUUGCUCCGUCGGCAAGGCCUGGGGAGCUCCUUGUGAAGCAUGUCCCGAUAAAGGCUCGCAGGAGCACAUGGCACUGUGUGGCGAGAAACCUGGUGAAUACAUCAACCCGAUGACGAACGAGACGAAGCCAAUCAACGAGUGCGACAUCAUGCCGCAGCUCUGCAAGCCCGGCUCGUGUCACGACACUCCUACUGGCUUCCAAUGCGGCUGCGACCACGGGUACGAGCACGACAACACGUCGCACCUGUGCCGCGACAUUGACGAGUGCGCGGGCGGGGGCGGGGUGCGGGCGCCGUGCCGCGGGCUCGCGCAGUGCGCCAACCUGCCCGGCGCGUUCGAGUGCCGCUGCCCGCCCGGCUACCGGCUCGGCGCCACGCUCGACGAGUGCGAGGACGUCGACGAGUGCGCCGACGAGACGCUCUGCGAGCACGGCGAGUGCAGGAAUACCGUCGGUUCCUAUAGGUGCGAAUGCGCCCCGGGCUACUUGUUGCGGGACGGCACGUGCCGGGACGUGGACGAGUGCACGCGGCCGCGGCCGCUGUGCCGCAACGGCACGUGCGAGAACCGGCCCGGCUCCUACAUGUGCCACUGCGACCCCGGCUUCAAACCCGGCGCAAACAACGACUGCAUCGACAUCAAUGAGUGCCGCGAGGGCGGCAUGGUGUGCCGCAACGGGCGCUGCCGCAACACGGCCGGCUCGUUCCGCUGCGAGUGCGCGCCCGGCUACACGCUCACCGCGGACGCGCGCAACUGCCGCGACGUGGACGAGUGCAGCGAGCUGCCCGCGCCCUGCGGCCGCGACGGCGCGCCCUCCUGCACCAACACUAACGGCGGGUACGAGUGUGCGUGCGGCGUCGGCUGGCGACUAGCAGGCCGCCGCUGCGUAGACCGCGACGAAUGCCGCGAGUUGCCCUACGUGUGCGCUGGCGGUGACUGUCACAACUUCAAUGGCGGCUACCGAUGCGACUGUCCUCCUGGUUGGAGGUUCGAUAAGACGGCCGCCAUAUGUGUGGACGAGAGGAAAGAGCUUUGCUACGACGAGUGGGAGAGCGGUCGCUGCCACAAGGCGCGGCCUUUGCAACUCAGCAGGCCGGAUUGUUGCUGCUCUGAAGGAGCUGCUUGGGGCAGAUAUUGCGAGCGUUGCCCCACUCCAGACUCUGCGGAAUUCUUGAGAAUUUGUCAAGGUGGAAUGGGUCGUCCAAAUCUGACUCAGGACCUGGAUGAAUGCAAAGUGCGUCCUGAUGUAUGCAAGGGCGGGCAUUGUAUCAAUACGGAUGGUUCGUUCCGGUGCGAGUGUCCGGAUGGGUACGUGCUGGACAGCUCUGGACUCGUGUGCGUGGACGCGGAUGAGUGUGCACAAGAUCCGAGAAUUUGCGGGAACGGAACCUGUUCAAAUACGCCUGGAGGCUACGAGUGUCGCUGUAACUUCGGAUUCACGCAAGGCCCGGAGCAAACGUGCGUGGACGUGGACGAGUGCGCGGAGGGGCGCGCGGCGUGCUCGUUCCGCUGCCACAACACGGCGGGCUCGUUCCGCUGCACGUGCCCGUACGGCUACCGGCUGGCGACGGACGGCGCACACUGCCGCGACCUGGACGAGUGCGCCGCCGAGCCGUCGCCCUGCCCACACGCCUGUGAGAACGUCGUCGGCUCCUACGUGUGCAAGUGCCCGGAGGGUUACCGGCGUACAUCAGCGGCACACGACGCGGUGGACGCUUGCGAGGACGUCGACGAGUGCGCGGAGCGUCGCGACCGCUGUGCGCCCGGCGUCUGCAUCAACACCGACGGCGGCUUUCUCUGUGACUGCGACGCCGGCUAUGAACCUAGCGAAGAUGGCCACGCUUGCAUCGAUCGGAGAACUGGGAUGUGUCACAGAUCAUUGGUGUCUGGGCGAUGCACACCUGAACCUUGGCCAAGGUUUAUGUCCUCCACGCCGGCAUUACCGUCACAAGUGACUAAAGCGCAGUGCUGCUGCACGCUGGGUGUGGCGUGGGGGCCGGAGUGGAGUGCAGUGUGUCCGGCGCCUGGCUCGCCGGAGCGCAUGCAGCUCUGCGCGCGGUCACAGCUGGUGGGUGGUGGCGGCGGUGGAGUGCUACCUGGUGGACUCGGCGGCGGGACACUCGGCGGCGGCGUGGACGUCUACGGUGACGUGGACGAGUGCGCUGCCAUGCCCGACCUCUGCGCGCCCGGCAGAUGCGUCAACACCAUCGGCAGUUUCCGUUGCGUGUGUGGACGUGGCUAUAAAGCGGCGGGUGAUAUUUGCGCGGAUGUAGACGAGUGCAGUAUUCGACCUCCACCGUGUGAGCAACUCUGCAAGAACAACGAGGGCUCCUACGAGUGCCUCUGUCGCUCCGGGUAUGAGAUCGACGAGGACGGCGCUAACUGUCAGGACGUUGACGAGUGCGAGAGAGGAACGCAUACGUGUCAACAGAUUUGCACGAACACAGAGGGAUCGUUUGAGUGUUCUUGCCAAGAAGGAUACGAAAAGAGGGGAGAUGCUUGCGUUGACAUCAACGAGUGCCACGAGGAGGGCGUGUGCCAGCCGCCGGGCAAGUGCGUGAACCUGCUGGGCUCGCACCGCUGCGUGUGCCCUCGCGGCUUCCGGCUGGACGUCGCGGGCACGCGCUGCCUCGACCGCGACGAGUGCGCCGACGGCCGCUGCCAGUCGCCUUGCCGGAAUUACGCCGGCGGCUUCCGCUGCGAUUGUCCGCCAGGCACGGUGCGCGCGGGCGGUGCUGGCGGGGGCUGCGUGCCGCAGGACGCGUGCGCCGCCGCGCCGUGCGGCUCCUCGCCGUGCUUCCCGCUGGCCGGCGCUUACCGCUGCGGCUGCCCCGCCGGCUACGGCUGGGACGCCGCCCACGGAGUCUGCCUGCAGCUGGCUGGCGGCUGUGCGACCGCGAGCUGCUUGUUCGGUUGCACUACAUUUGGAGAAUCGUACCAGUGCGGCUGUCCGGCUGGCUAUCAACUUGUGGGAGCGGGUCACUGUCUCACAGCGCUGGAUGGCGCUCUACCACCGGACGAUAUCGGAGAUGCGCCUGUGUUCCCAGUUAGGGAUCAGUACAAGAUUGGUGGGAAAAACGAGCUCAUUUCGACUGAAGGAUGUUUCAGUUGCAAGAUGAACGGUCGCCACAGAAGAGCCCCGGAAGAAGGAAUCGUUUUCGCGAACGGUACAACCUACGUCAGAAGGCGCAGCAGACGCAGCAGGCGUCGUCGGUCAAUCCUCGAACCUGAAGUUGAGUUAAUAGUAGUAACAGCUACACCCAAACAAACUUGGGGUCGGGCACCAUUACUGCGCUUGGUUCCGGCGGAAGGCGGAGCGAAGCCACACUACCGCAUCGCGUACGGAGAUGAUAACAAAGACUUCGUUCUCUCUAAACGGGACGGAGCCUGGGCCCUGCGGCUGAGGAGACACCUCAAGAGUGAAGCUGUGCUUGAGCGACAGCUGGAGCUGGAGGCGCGGUUUGUUCCCGUGCCCGAGAUGGGAAGAAAGAGGAACAGGCGACAAGUGAAUAUCAAUAUACCGUCGCCGCUCAGACUCUACGUGUCCAUACAAAUCGCCCCGCCUAAACGUUGA